AUGAAAUUAUACAGGAUUAUUAGGAUUGGCCGCAUACAACUCGACUAUGCUUUGAUCACGGCCUUGAUUGAGCGGUGGCGACCGGAGACGCACACUUUCCAUCUGCCCAUCGGCAAGGCCACCAUCAUACUCCAGGACGCUGAGAUUUUAUACGGCCUGUCCGCUGAUGGCUUGCCUAUUUUAUUGCCUGCGACGAUGAGAUAUUAUUCGCGCCAGGCAUAUUGGGAUAUGCUGCACAUGCUCACGGGUUUCAUGUCGGAGGACGAUGAGGUAGCGUCUGGGGUUAGUCGUAUGCAGUUGGUCCCCAUUAGAGACCACCUGGUGCAGAUCCACCAUACUAUCACCGACGAGUCGGUGGAGGUGGAUGUACAUCAAUAUACGAGGCUGCUGUUGCGCCUUCUAUUUGGGGGGAGUCUUGUUCCGGAAUACUUCGGGGAACCUAGUGAGCCUCCGUUUUCUGCAUCAUAUUACUCGGUUCGAGGAUACAGCCAGCUACAGCUGGGGUGGUGUUGUCAUCUCAUUUUAGUAUAG